AUGGGUACGAUUGCCAGCUUCAGCGGACUCCAUUUGAGAGUUAUAUUUGAUGACAACCUUCCCAUCGAGGUCCCUAGACCGGUUAUUAUCAAGUGGGUUGCGGAAGCCGCUCCGAAUAAUGAACAUCUGCAUACCGUCUUGUACUUGCAGCCGAGGCAAGACUGCAUCCAAGACAGUUAUCUUCGUUGGGCCCGUGACCAGAUUGCCGAGUGUGAGAAGCACGACCACCAGUUGGCGGAUGAUUCCUUUUGCCCAGAGAGGCUACUGGACGUACAGGGCACCGAGUUACGUUUGGUGGCACGCGAAGAAGCCUUCACGGCAGCACAGAUUCCGAAGUAUGCCGCUCUCAGUUACUGCUGGGGCUCGACAGAUGAUGAUGCUCGCGCGCAAAUCACACUGACCCAAGGAAGUCUCGCCCAGCACCGGCUUGGGAUCCAGUUCAAAAGGCUACCUCUCUCGGUGCAGGAUGCGGUUGCCAUGAGCAGGGCCCUUUCCCUGCGCUACCUGUGGGUUGAUGCACUUUGCAUCUCGCAGGACGAUCCAGCUGACUGGGACCGACAAUGCGUGGAUAUGCACAAGAUCUACGGCAACGCCUUUGUCACCCUCUGCGCUGCUUCUUCACAGAGCUGUCGCCAGGGGUUCCUCCAGCCUAAACCAGAGCAUCGGAUCUUGAUGCCAUACCGGUCAUGCUUUGCGCCCUUUUCUGGGCAGUACUGCUGGCGACUGAGGGGGGUCGAAGCCGAUAUUGACUACGCCUCUGCAAUGACAAGCCUCAGGAUCGCAUUUGUCGCCGGGGAUACUCGACAUUAG